UUCAAUAACAUUUACAAAAACAUUUUAACAUAUCGCGAUGUCAUCUAAAAUGUUAUGCAGACGUAUAAAAAACUCAACAGACAUAUUUCUAAGACAAUAUUCCAUAAAGAAAGAUGAAACAAAACAGAUUGCACCGAAACCAGCAAAAAAACCCGUCGAUCCUCGCAGAGUUUUCAAAAUCUAUAGAUUUCCUGGUGUACUAUGCAAAGAGGAGCCAAAAGUGCAAAGCUAUGAAUUAGACGUUAGUACAUGUGGCCCUAUGUUAUUAGAUGCUUUGAUAAAAAUAAAGGAUAUGGACCCUACGUUUACGUUCCGAAGGUCUUGUCGAGAAGGCAUAUGCGGUUCUUGCGCUAUGAAUUUGCAGGGUCACAACUGUCUUGCUUGCGUAACAGAAAUUCCUCCAGAGAAAACAAUAUCAGUUUACCCCUUACCUCACAUGUACGUUAUUAGAGAUUUAGUGGUUGAUAUGACACAUUUCUUCGAAGGAUACAAAAGUAUACGGCCGUAUCUUAUCAGGAAGAAUGAGAGACCUCUGGGCCAGAGUCAAUAUGCCCAAAGUCUUAAAGACAGUUUGAAACUGGUUGGUCUUUAUGAAUGCGUACUAUGUUCCUGCUGCUCAACAGCUUGCCCCAGUUACUGGUGGAAUGGAAGGAGGUUCUUAGGUCCAGCGACACUGCUACAUGCUUACAGAUGGAUCAUAGAUUCCAGGGAUGAAGACACACAGCAAAGAUUAUAUGAUUUACGAGAUGAUUUCAAAGCUUUUCGAUGUCACACCAUAAUGAAUUGCACAUUGGCAUGUCCUAAAGGAUUGCAUCCUGCUAUGAUGAUUGCUAAGCUAAAAAGAUUGAUAUCAGCAUUGGAUAAGAAACCACCACCAGAAAUGGAUGCGAUGAAGUUUACGCCUGGAGCGGGGCUCAGUGACUGUACUAAGAAAUGUUAAAGAUGAUGUUUGAUAUUCAUUAAAUUUAAAUUGUUUUAAAAUUGGAAAUUGAUAUUUAUGAUUUAUUUUAUAAAUAUAUAUUACUCUGUACUUAAGCAUUCUGUAUAUCUGUGUGUGUCAUAUUUUGUAUUUCUUUUAUGUUAACUGCAUGUGACUCCUCUGGUUUUUCAGGCGCCCAUAGUCUACGGUAACCGUUCACCACUAUGUGGGCAUUACUUGUCAUUACUGUGGUAUAAAAAGAAGUAAUAAAACGAUGUUACUUAAUACUCUGAUACUUAUAGUAAUAAAACUAAAAUGUGGUAAGAUACCAUGAUUUUUAUUAAUUA